AUGGCAGACCAGCUGUCAGAUCUCAUCGCCAUGCUUUCGGCGUCGAAGACGCUGAAAUCAGAGACCUUCUCGAGGGAGAAGUGGCAGCGUCUGCUGAUGAUCUUGCUUGUGAGACUCAAGGUGAAGCGUGCACAAUCCAGCCUGCGAGAGAUGUUGCCAGCGCGCAUGCUCACCUUGCUGUGGAAGGUACUGCAGAAGGCGCUUCCGCCUGCUGAAAGCAGCAUACUUGUGAACAUGGUGAGAGAAGAGACAAUCGCAACCUGCACGCAAAACCUGCAGCAGAAGAUUGAGGAAGUCUACUCUCUGAUGGAGCUUCGAGAGCUCGGGGCCAUUUGGAUUCAUCAUGCGCAGAUAGUGCUAGGAGGUGUGGUAUCCGUCCCACUUCGCAGAGCGACUUGGCCUACGUUGAGCAUGCUCUUCGAUUCUCCACGCCUCUUACUGGACAAAGCUCUGUACCCUCCCUGGGUGCCUGCUCCUGUGCGAGAGCAGCUAUCAGAUUCGGGCACAAUCGGCCCUGCUAUGAAAGAGUUGGACGCGGCAGAGGCUUCUGCACUGCAGAUCUUCUGCAUGAGCUUGCGACUCUGGUUCUUCCAAGCGUGGUCGGCUCAGGUGGCGAGCAUGAACGAGUCCAUGCAGCCCCCAGCGACUCAGUGUGAGCGAUGGCUGCAGUCGGCUGUGAGCCUCUGCCUCCGGUCCUUGCAUCAGCUGGCCGCAGUUCCUCAGGAGGUGGCUUCAGAGCUUCAGCUUCAGGCUAGGGCUCUCCUGGCUCGGGCAUACAGCAUGUUGGGUCGUUUGUACGCGAGCACCGGACGCUUCACAAAGGCGAUGACACAUGCCAAGCAGGGCAUCGAGUUGUUCAAUGCAACAAAGGACAAACUUGAAGCGGCGAAGCUGCAAAUUUGGCUUUGCAGAUUGCAAUUACGAAUGGCAGUCCCGCAGGCUGCUUCUGCUACCCGCUCGACGGACUGUCUUUUCCUGGACAAGGAUCCAAGUCUUCUUGGUGGUCUGUCAGCAUCGGCACCAGCUGAAGAGACUGCGCUGCAGCAGGUCGUCCAGCAAUUGCAGAAAGCCUUGGGUGCUUUAGACAGCAGCGCGGCCCUCGAGAGCCAAGCGCAUUCCGAGGGCCAGGUUCUGUUGGGUAAGGUGCUCCUUCGCCAAGCCCUGGUGAGACUCGCUGUGGCCAAAGCUCCGCUCAACACCUGCAGCCGUCUCGUCGAGGAGGAGUCGAUUCUCGUCAGCGCUCUGGAUCUCCUGCAGGUGCCCGAUGCAAAGAUGGCUCAGAGCCCCACGGAUGGCGGCAAACAAGUGGUGGAGAGAUUGCAUCAGGCUGCCACCUGCUUUCGUUCCGCUGAAGCACCGGUUCCCUGCUGCUCCGUACAUGCAUGCCUUGCCUUCGUGUACUUUUGCACUGCGGGUGCCGACAGCCGGCUGCAGAAGCUGGCAGUGACUCAUUGCCAACACGCACUUGAUCAAUGGGCAUCCGCCCCUAUUGAUGAGCGAGUCGAGGCAGUUGGCGUUGCGUUGAAGCUGCUGGAAGCGAAGGCGGCUCGUCGCACCUCGCAGAAAGGCCGGCCAGCUUGGACUGGUGAUGCCAAAGCAGCGUCACUCCUCUGCGAAGUUGCCGUCUCCAGGCUGGCUUCGCCAGAGCAUCCAGAGACUCCCUGCAGAGGCGGCGAGAGUCCUACACAGGCAGGCGAACCUGCAGCAGGAGGCGCCCCACAGCAGAGUCGGGAUGAGCAGGUGCGAAAUGCACUUCUGUCCACAGGGGAGGACCAAGGCGCAAGUCUGAUGUCUUACUUAAGGCAAGAGCUCAGCACAGUCCUGUUGCGCCUGCUGAAGGCAUGCGAUCAGGAAGAUUUCGGCCGCGAUCUGAAGGCGGCAUAUUGUUCAUUACUCACGGCAUGGCAUGAAGCUUCCGGCCAGGUGGAAGCUCUCAACGCCGUCGCAGCCCACACCAGGAGGGUUCUUGGACGUGAUUUGCCGUCCUGA